CGGAAAACUAACCAGCAAUUUAUUCAUCCUUGAUCACUGUACAUGAUUAAACUGGCACUCUGACAUUAAUCAACCAGCGUAUCAGUUGUAGUUAAACGGUAAAGUAUAUGCCGUGCUGACACGUGUACAAUAAGGAAAUGAAACGCGGACAUCCCUCGGACCGCACAACUUCUGGAUUUUUUUCAGGGUAACAUAUGCACCACGACAUCAAGAGACAUGUCAACAUGAAGUUGUCGCCGAAAGUCAUCACCGGAGCCCUGCACGCCCAAAAUAAAGGCGCAUCGGAUUGGGGCUGGCAGGGUUUGUUAUCGUAUGGUUGUCAGGGAUUCAUUGUCAUUGUUGACCCUAAAACAGUACAGGUUUUACAGGUUCUGGCUAAACACAAGGGAAAUGUCGUCAAGGUAAAAUGGGCCAAAGAAAACUACCAUCAUGACUUAGGGAGUCCCUAUUCACUUCGUCUAGCAUCAGGGGACACUAAUGGGGUAAUCAUUGUGUGGGAUGUCGCAGCGGGAAUACCGAAGUCAGAGUUCUCUGAGGGAAACAAACCUAUACAAGAUCUAGAGUGGCUGACCUAUCAGGAUGCGUCUCAUGACCUUUUAGUGGUGCUCCACCCUCCAUACUCCCUGGUGUUGUGGAACGCUGACACUGGGACCAAACUCUGGAAAAAGUCUUACACAGAGCCACUUCUAUCUUUCUCCUUCGAUCCCUUCAACUCCAAAAAUGUCGCCUUUUUGGGUUCUGAUUCCAUUGUGUUCAUUGAGGACUUCUCUGUCACCAAAGUUCCCUCCAGCAACGGCAAAAAGUUCUACAUCUCCAGCCCUUCCAGUACAGCCAGUAGUAACCUGAAAACAGAUGGCUCCACAAGUAAUGUGGACAAAAGACUCUCCUCCAAGAACCUGGCAGAAAGAAUGAGCAAAAUAUUGGUGGGGGAGGGACCCAGCAAAAAGAACAGCAGGGAAGAAUCUGACCAGGUGGCGCUGAACGACUGCAUACAGCUGUUACAUCAUCAGUCAUGUCGACACCAUCUCAUUCUAGUGUACACCAGAGAAAUACUGAUACUGGACCUCGAGAUCAACCAGACUGUGGGAAUAAUUCCCAUAGAGAGAGCUGGAUCUCCAUUUGUACAGAUCUUCUCCUUCAGACAGAGAGAUGUGUUGUUAUGUCUUCAUGAAAAUGGAAGUGUGACCACCAGAAUUCGUAGAAAGACGAACGCCAUCACAACACCCGCCUCCGAGGGACAUGGUGCUUUUGAUGAUUCCCCACCUCCUGUUUCCAUGGAUGUGACCUAUGACCUCCGUUGUCAGUCAGAUGGGAUGAGAGUGACGAGACACAGCCGAGUGUCCAGCCUGGCGUGUUGUCCGGUGACGGAGAAGUCAGUGGCCCUGAUGGUUACAGAUAGCCGUGUUGUGUUCUGGGACAUGAUGCUGGUUGAUGGAGGGAUUCAGUUAGAAACACGCUCACAACUGGACAAAAAACCAAAAUUUCCUGUCAUCAGCGAUAUUUCACCGCCCAACCUCUCCCUCUCUGAUAUGAUUGGACGAUUGCCUGUUGUUAAUCCUGAUCACCCAUCAGUUCUGAAAGGUCGUGCUGUAGCCCUGAAGUUUAUGAUGACAGGGUUACUGAAUGGAGUUGUCUCCCCUAUAAGUUGUCUACGUGCGUGUCCUCCUCUGACCACCAAAAACUGGAGCAUGUAUGAGCCUCUGAUAGCUGUAGGCAGUUCCUCUGGAGUCAUACAGAUUCAGAACAUCUCUAGUGGACUUAUAGCAAAGGAGUACAGCGUACACACAGGACCAGUCAGAGGGGUGGAGUGGUGCAGUCUGAAGUCCAUUUUGUCGUAUUCAUACCAAUCACCAGGGCCCAGCGGUCUGGUCAAGAAUGAUCUCAUGUUUGUGGACAUCUCAACUGGGAAAGUGAAACCUGUUAGGACGAACAGAGACCAAGAAUCUCCCAUAGAAAUUCUACGUGUGUCGUGUCUGAAACAGUACUUCAUUGUGGGGUUCAAGGACAAGCCACUGGAACUCUGGGAUCUCCAGACACUGACCAUGUUACGAGAGACGGGGAAGAGUCUGCCCUACCCUACAGCUCUGGAGUGGUCCCCCUCCCACAGCCUCAAGUCCCUGAAGAGGAAGAUGAUGAGUCAGACGGGUGACAAGGAGGGCACGCAGCUGACCCCUGCACAGGGGGACAAACUGGGCGUUUCUACCACAUCGCUGUCAGAGGCCAACGAAAGUGAAUCCAAGGUUAAUCAGAAGAUGACAGUGAAGGAGCACUUUGUGUAUACAGACUCUGAGGGCACGCUCUAUCACUUUGUGGUGGAGGGGACAGGAUUUGCUGAUGCCAGCCGAGUGCCUGCAGAGUCCGGAAUGGGAACGAUAACAUGGAUCGCCUGGAAGGGAGACUUCAUUUUGUUUGGAGAUGGAGAGGGGCAAUUGUCUGUGUGGGAUCUCAAGUCAAAAACUCAGAGGACGAUGGCGACUAGACGUGGGUGGAUCAAGAAGAUACGAUUCGCCCCGGGGCGGGGCAACAUGAAGUUCUUCAUUCAAUACAAUGAUGGCUUUGAUGUUUGGGACCUGAAAGACGGAAAGGCAGAACUGCUGAGUUCAAUAAAGAGUCCACGAGAUGUUGCCAAGGUAACAGAUGCAGACUGGACUGGAUCUGACCGCCCUGUACUGGCUACAGCAGAUGGAUGUGUGCAGGUGUUUGACCUACUUCUGAAGUCCUGCUCUUGUGGAAUUGAGGAAAGGGAAUUCCCAGACGAAGUGGCUAAUCCCUAUACUCUGUCCCCCAAGGGGUCAUUAAUGAUGAAGUACCACCUCCAGAACCAGCCCUGGAACCCAGAAUUCACCCUCAAACUGGAGGGACUCAGGGAAGGGGAGCAGAAUCUCCAGACAGCAGUCAACAAACAGAUUGAUCUACUGGACAGCGACACACUGGACUACUUACCUCUCUGCAGAUUUGGAGUGGCUGAGAGAUGUCUUAUGCUUGCAAAGGUGUUUGGAGAUGAAUCAGACUUCCUGUUUUGGACUGUGGCACUGUAUUACCUAAGAGCUGUUAAAUGGGGCCCAAAAUCUCAGGAAGAAAAAGAUUUAAUGCUGGGAGCGGAGAAGGAGAGGUUUAUUCCUGCCACACCCCCUCACAAGGAGACCAAUGACCUGGUGAUGCUAGACAGCCCCGAUGAGGAGGGGCCAGAUCAGGAGAUGUGGUCUCUUGUGGACUUGCCCUUAGAGAGAUACUUGGACACCGUCUGUGACAAUGACAGCUUUAAGCUGUAUCAGUUAGACCGGGUGGCUCUGCAUGACAGCAAGAGAGUUACAUACGACCACACCAAGAAAUGUGCCGAAAAUUAUAUAAUGCUACGCGAGACGGAUCGAGCCGUUCAAUUACUGUUGGAGACGGAACCUGACAAUGACACAUACUACACAGACUGUCUUAGAGCUUGUCUGGUGGCCAGCAUUCGAUCGUCUGGAGUAUCACAAAGUACAAUUAAACUGGUGGCCACUAAUCUGAUCGCUAAUGGAAAAAUCAAAGAGGGCGUUCAAUUGCUGUGUUUGAUAGACAAGGGGCUGGAUGCCUGUCGAUAUUUACAGACUUACGGUGCUUGGGACCAAGCAGUGUGGCUCGCAAAGGCCACCCUGGCGGAUGCCGAUUGCUGUGAGGUGAUGAAGAGAUGGGUCGACCACCUGUGUGGGACGCAAGUCAACCAAAAGAGUAAGGCUUUGUUGGUGAUGCUUUCCCUCGGUCAGUUUUCUAAGGUACUGGAAAUGUUGUAUGGGAUGAGACAGUUCAACAGAGCAGCCUGUUUCAGCGCAGCGCUAGAAGAAUUCGGACUUCUUGACCAGGGCCAAGAUAAUGUAUCACUAGUGGAGGCAGUGUACUUGGAAUAUGCUCGUCUGCUGGCUAAUCUGGGACUGAGGGCACCUGCUGAGUACUACUGUCAGAGAGCUGGGAGUAAAGGGAACCAGUUUAGGGAGGAAGUUCGCAUCCUUUUCUCAUGAAGAACCAAUAUCAUAAUUGUUGUUUCAUCAAAGACGGAUCGUGAAAGUCGAGAGAUGUGGAAUUGUACUAUAAGUAUUAUAGUAUGGUGGAAUGGAAGAACAUAAUCACAUGUGGAAAAUCAGCUGUUCUUAAAUAUACUUUGUCGCACAGUUUACAUUUUGUCACGAUUCUGGUACUGCAAAAAUGAUUAUUUACGCCGGGGGAGGGUGGGGUGGGGGUGGGGGUGGGGGGGGGGGGGGGGGCACUUAUUAUGUAAUUAGGUAAGAAGUGCAUAAAUUCUCCCAUGUGUAUAGUUAUUUAAUACUUGAUAAAAUAUAUAUUAUAUUCAGUUCCUGCAUAUUUUCCCUCUUUUGCAUAAUGUUGGACAUGGGAAAAUGUGUACUUAACCCCCAGCGUAAAUUACCACUUUUAAGUAUAUUCCCCACAUUAAGUUCUGUACAUGUCUGCAUAUUAAUAUUUUCUUAUUUUCAGUAUGUUUUGAUUUCAAGAAUGAAAUUUGCAGAAUAAAUUGUUGAGUUAUACUCUGUUGCUAAUAUUCACAGAUAAAACCCCACAAAUUAUGUAGUCCUGGAAUAUAGCCCACUUUUACUCCCAAUAUUUGAAUUACAAUUAAUGUUCUGUGAGGACUCUCAGCUUCUGUCAGAAUCUCUGUAUGUCAAUAGUUCAUGUCUUGCUGGUCGGAAUCUUUGAUGGAGGGACUGAACCCUGUAAUAGGUGUAGGUAUAAUUAUGCCGUUUUUUUGUUUUUCGUAUUUCCUUUCUUCAUUUUUGUUUAUUUUAUGCAUUAAUUGUUAGCAAAAUUAAAACAUAAUGUGCACCAAUUUUUCUAAUCGGAACAGCUAUUGUAACAGGAGAUUAUUUGAUGUGCGUUAUUUAAUUUUGUCUGCACACUGUUCUGUAUCAUCAUCACAGUCGUAAAAUAUGAAUUUAAUGCUUAUUUUUACAUUUAGAUGGGAUUCUUUUAUAAGAUGCCCUUGCUCCUCUCCAAUUUAGACCUCUCCAUGCUUUGUCUGUUUACAUGUAGUUACAGUAAAACAUGGUUACAGCAAAUCUGCUUAUAAUGAAUUCAUCCUAACAGCGAAGUGAUUUUUAUUCUCUGUAGAUCUAAAACAUAUUGUGAUCUCAGUGGAUAUAAUUAAUUAUGUUUGUAAUGAAUCAAAACUGUUCAUUCUCGGCACUUCACAGUAACUGUGUUUAUAUUAAAUGACUGUAUCAUGUGUGUUGAUCGUCAAUGUGAUUGGUUUGAUUCUUAUUGUGAUGUCAAUGCAAUUCUUUGAUCUGGCAUUGUGAUGUCAUUGCAAGUUGUUUUCAACUGAACCAUAACUUAAGUUUUUCGUAGCAAAAUUGUGGUGGAAUAUAAAUACAAUAUCUUGAAAUUUCAGAUAUUUAUGAUAGAAAUUAUUGAUAAAAUUCAUGUUAUUUAAAUUGUUUAUUUGCUAUCUUGUUUACUAGAGUGUAUAUUUCUAUCAGUACAUUGAUAUACAUAAGUAUGCAGUCUGAUAGAAUACAAAUCAUGUUAAAAAGUUAUUCAAUAAAUAUUUAUAAAACUC